AUGGCAAACGCCGAGCGCGAGUUCGUAAACGGGGCAGUGGCCCGCCAACGAGACCGCUGUCAGCAGCCCGGGAAGCCCGUCUUUGCCAGAAGUCGCCCAAGUCUGCUGACUGGACAUCCCGCGGGAUUGUACUGGAGGUGGAUGGGCGCGGCUCCGACAUGGCUCUUUUAG